AGCUUUGGCACCUUUCUCCAGUCAGUGGCCAACUCCUGGCUCAGUGAGGAUUCUGCUCGUCCCCUCGGUUCCCCUUCAGUCUCCCUCCCGCUACCGGAACGAGCCUCGCGCCUGGCAGGCUGAGGAGGAGCAAAGAAAGCAGGAUUAAAGAGAAGGAAGACCUGGCUGGGUCUGGGUGGUGUCUGCGGUGCCAGAAAGGGAGGCGGUGGCGGCGGCGGCUGCGACCACGGCCGCGCGGGACGUGAGGCCCGAGAGCAGCCGACGGGCAGCGGCGGCCGCUCCAGCGCCCCGCACCGGGGCCGUUAGUCAGCAGAACGCGGGCUCUUGUGGAGGAGCAGGGCCGGCGCGCGGCGAGACUCGGGAGCGCGAGCGGGGCCCUUGGGGCGCCACCGUCCUUCUUCGUCCCGGCGCCGGGGGCUGCAGCCCUGGUCUCCGCUUCUCUGUCGGGCCCGUCUGCAGGCGGAGAGAGUCCGACGGCGUCCGAAGCGCGGAUCUCGCUGUGUGGAGGACAGCGCGUCGGCUGCGGUUCUCUCCCGACUCCUUCUGCCCGGCGCUUCGGCCCGGGCCGCUCAGGUGCAGGAGAGACGGGGUUUCACGGUGUUAGCCAGGAUGGUCUCGAUCUCCUGACCUUGUGAUGCACCCACCUCGGCCUCCCAAAGUGCUGGGAUUACAGGCGUGAGCCACCGCACCCGGCCCAUGCAAAAAUUUUUUAAGCAAGUGCAUGAACUCUGAUGUGGAAACAGCUUCAUGCUUUCAAGAUACUGAAAGAUGAGCAUGAAUAAUCUUUCAUUUAGUGAGCUAUGUUGCCUCUUCUGCUGUCCACCUUGUCCAGGGAAAAUUGCUUCAAAAUUAGCGUUUUUGCCACCUGAUCCAACUUACACACUGAUGUGUGAUGAAAGCGGAAGCCGUUGGACUUUACAUCUGUCUGAACGAGCAGACUGGCAGUAUUCUUCUAGAGAAAAAGAUGCUAUUGAGUGUUUCAUGACUAGAACCAGUAAAGGCAACAGAAUUGCCUGUAUGUUUGUACGUUGCUCACCCAAUGCAAAAUACACUUUACUCUUCUCACAUGGAAAUGCUGUUGAUCUUGGUCAAAUGAGCAGCUUUUACAUAGGACUAGGAUCACGGAUUAAUUGUAAUAUAUUCUCAUAUGAUUAUUCUGGAUAUGGUGCCAGUUCCGGGAAACCCACAGAGAAGAACCUCUAUGCAGACAUUGAAGCUGCUUGGCUUGCUCUUAGGACAAGAUAUGGCAUUCGCCCUGAAAAUGUGAUUAUAUAUGGCCAAAGUAUAGGGACAGUACCAUCUGUGGAUCUUGCUGCUCGAUAUGAGAGUGCUGCUGUUAUUCUUCAUUCUCCUCUGACCUCAGGAAUGCGAGUUGCCUUUCCUGAUACCAAGAAGACCUACUGUUUUGAUGCAUUCCCAAACAUUGACAAAAUCUCUAAGAUAACCUCUCCAGUUUUAAUAAUUCAUGGGACUGAAGAUGAAGUCAUUGACUUUUCACAUGGCCUUGCAUUGUUUGAACGUUGCCAAAGACCUGUGGAGCCUCUCUGGGUUGAAGGAGCAGGUCACAAUGAUGUGGAACUUUAUGGACAGUAUCUUGAAAGGUUGAAACAGUUUGUGUCACAGGAACUGGUGCAGAAACAUAAAGAAGGGAAGUGAUUUUCUCAAGGUCUACAGUUGUCAACGACGGUACUAUGUAUUCCAUUAUCUUCUCUUUACCAAACUUAACUGGAUUAAUAUACCAAUGAUCCUUUCAAAUUAUAUGGCAUAAACUUAUUUGCUCUCCAAUGUUAGUCACAAUUGUAUUUUUUUAAUGGGUAAGUUCCUCCUUGUCAGCUAGUUAUUCAUUGAAUAGUAAAUUGGUAGAUUGUAGAUUGUGCCAAUUAAUUCUCAAGUUAAUGAUUAAAGAAUUUAAUACCAAUUCAUUUUACUAGGCACAGUUACAGUUAUUUAGUUAUGUUGAAACCUAGUGAGGAUGGUAGCCACGGACACCUGAAUAAACAAGUGUUUACUUCAGAAGCUGAUUUACUACAAAUUGUAACACACAGAAUAAGCAAUUACAUUGAAAAAAGUAUCAAUAUAGUUAUUAAGAAUUAGUUUUUAGCUUGUUGCUUUGUUUUAAAAUAGGCAAUUUAUUCAAACAUGAUAACAUGAUGCAUUCUGAUAAUGUGCACCCCAAAUGUCCAGUAACCAAAAAAGUAACGAUUUAUGCUUACGAUACUUGGAAUUAGGCUUUGAGUUUGAACUUGCAGAAUGGAGAAGACAUUUGUCUAUCGUAUCUCUAAAUGGAUUAUGCCUCUGACUGAGUAGUUGAAUGAGUAAUGCUAAGGAAGGAAGCAAACACCUCUAUGCUGGAAAUGACCCACUUGACAUUAGAGUUGUGUGUUUUUCUUUUUUUAGGGAAAGUACAAAGGUCUUAACAAAUGUCAGUGAGCUGAAAGCUGUUAAACUGGCUUUUUCAUAUGAAGCCAGAUGGACAUGAAACUAUUUUACUCCCUCUAUUUCCUCUUGUAGGCCAUGUACUAAAUUUGCAUAAUAUGACACUUUUAGAAAAAAGUUUUAAUAGUGUGCUUUAAAAAAUGACGUUAUAUUAGAAAAAUGGGGAAAUGCUGUUUUUAGAUAAUUUUUAUCUCCUAAUAAAAUGCAAGUUUCAGCCACUGUAGUACUUGAUUAAUUCAAAAUUUGGAUUUCUUUUUCCUCUAAAACAACUACUUAAGGCAGUAUAUUGAAUUGAAGUAGAUUCAGUCUUCUGGUUUUUGAAGAAGAAAAGAAGUAGAGAGGGUAGCAGGUAGGUUUACGAAUAUAGGGGCACUAUGGUGAAUUAAUAGGCUAUAAAUCAAAACUUAUAAUUAGCAUUCUCAUGUUAUGAAUCUUAGAUGAAACUUGUGUUUCUAUUUGAACACCUAAUAACUUUGGUAAAGUCAGAGGCCAUCUAUAUUACUUCACCAAGGUGAGAAUUUGCUACUUUUUGAGCUCUUUUAAGUCUAGAAGUCUGGGCUCCAAGCCUUCAAGGCCCAUCCCUGGGAAAUAGAAUAGGCAGAAGGGAGGGAGACAAAAGAAAAUAGUUUAUAUAUCCCUAAAUAUAUCUGGUGCUGUCAAAAAUGAUAAUUAAACUUGCUAAAGUAUUCAGUGUAAUCCUAAAUGAAAAAGAGAGUAUAAAUGAUUACACCUCUGUAAAAUAAAAUGUUAAGUGUCUAUGGAAUAAAAGCAGAAGGAAAUAAAUACAAUGAAACAAA